GCCGGGACCGCCUCCGCAGGAUGCGGGAGUGGUGGGUCCAGGUGGGGCUGCUGGCCGUGCCCCUGCUGGCCGCCUACCUGCAUAUACCGCCCCCCCAGCUGUCCCCUGCCCUGCACUCAUGGAAGUCUUCGGGCAAGUUUUUCACCUACAAGGGACUGCGCAUCUUCUACCAAGACUCCGUGGGUGUGGUGGGAAGUCCGGAGAUAGUUGUGCUCCUGCAUGGCUUCCCAACGUCCAGCUACGACUGGUACAAGAUCUGGGAAGGCCUGACCUUGAGGUUUCACCGAGUGAUCGCCCUUGAUUUCCUAGGUUUUGGCUUCAGCGACAAGCCGAGGCCGCACCACUACUCCAUCUUUGAGCAGGCCAGCAUCGUGGAGGCGCUGCUGCGGCACCUGGGGCUGCAGAACCGCAGGCUCAACCUGCUGUCCCACGACUAUGGAGACAUUGUCGCCCAGGAGCUGCUGUACAGGUACAAGCAGAACCGCUCGGGUCGACUCACCAUCAAGAGUCUCUGUCUGUCCAACGGAGGCAUCUUUCCUGAGACUCACCGUCCUCUACUUCUCCAAAAGCUCCUCAAGGACGGAGGCGUGCUGUCGCCCAUCCUCACACGGCUGAUGAACUUCUUUGUGUUCUCUCGAGGCCUCACCCCAGUCUUCGGGCCGUACACCCGGCCCUCAGAGAGCGAGCUGUGGGACAUGUGGGCGGGGGUCCGCAACAACGACGGGAACCUCGUUAUCGACAGUCUUUUGCAGUACAUCAACCAGAGGAAGAAGUUCAGAAGACGCUGGGUGGGAGCUCUGGCCUCUGUAACCAUCCCCAUUCAUUUUAUCUACGGGCCGUUGGAUCCUGUAAACCCCUAUCCAGAGUUUUUGGAGCUGUACAGGAAAACGCUGCCGCGGUCCACAGUGUCAAUUCUGGAUGACCACAUUAGUCACUACCCACAGCUAGAGGACCCCAUGGGCUUCCUGAACGCAUACAUGGGCUUCAUCAACGCCUUCUGAGCUGGACGGAUAGCGUCCCCGUGUCACCUCCCCGCUCCCUUACCUGUUGUGUAUCCACUUAGAAAGAGAUGCCCACAGAGGCCCAGGCCGCCAGACUCUAGUCUCUCACCAAGUCCACUUGCCUCAGUCAGUGAACAGUGUGCAGGAAGAGGCCUACAGGAGCCCCACCCGAGGGUGGGUGAAAUAGCCCACCUUCUGUUCCCCCGACAUCUGACCAGGUGCAUGGACUGCCUUUGUUCUGUGUUAUUAGGAAAUUCUGAUGGGCGCUGCUGCCCACUGACGCAGAAAGACAGACAUUCUUUUGCAUAAAGUAUUUUUUAAUUCUUCUCUGGACUUUUCUGAAAUACUUAGAAGUGCUACUUUGUGGCCAGCCUCAACUGGAAUCCUACAUUAAGAAUGGGGGUGGGGGUGGGGCUUCUUACCUCUCCUUGAACAGCUUGAAGGGUGUGAGCAACAUGUGAGCAUAAGUCUCUUGUCAUAACUGUGGGUUCCGUUUCAUCAGCUGCUUCUAAUUAUAGACAUUUUGUUAAGUAGAUACUCGUUUGAAGAAUGCAGUAUCCUCAGUGUGCUUUAAGGUUAUGAUUUACCUACAUGUUAUAUUUUAUAAGGAUACUAAGCCAGCAGACCUUACUCUGCCAAAGUAGUGAACCUUAUUAAACAUGUUUAAUUUCUGAGUAAACUGAACUAAAUUCAAACUAUUUACAGAAUUUCCUAAAAUCACAGGACAUUAAGGACCAAUAGCAUCUGUGCUGGAGACGUAUUGUUACUAGCUGCAAAGACCAAUUCCAGCAGCAGGCAACCUCUGGCUUCUUAUGCCUCAGUGUUCAGAUGCUUGUCUCCUGAGCUCAAGUGGAGGGAGGGAGGGUUGUGCAGGCUGGGUCACCAUGCUGGAUGUACACUGACUCCUCUUGUGACGAUUGCUUUAUUUCCCAUGGCCUGUCAUAGAGAGGCUUUCUCGCGUAGCUCAGAAAUUCCUGUACUUCACAGAUGGGAAAGUUCCAGAAACUUAAAGGAACACAUCUCGAAAGACCUAUAAGCAAAUGGUGCUGAAUACUUUUUUUAAAGCCACAUUUCAUUGUCUUAGUCAAAGCAGGAUUACUAAGUGAUUAUUUUAAAUUCAUUUUUAUUAGCAAUUUCAAGUAUAGCAACUUUGAAGCUGGAAUCGGUGUUUAUUUUCUAUUAAUAAAAAUGAACUGUGACAAAA